CCACUUAUUUAAUCGGUGUCAGCCAGUUGAACGGCAAGAAGACGAAACGGGUUAAUGUUGAGCGAGGGGGUAGCGUGGUGAGGGCUGUAGGCGUGGGACGCGCCUCGAGUCCUGCGCACACCGCACGACUCGUGCCGAAAUCGUGCGGGGCCCGCGCCGCGAGAUUUAGUCUGCGCGCGGCACUCGUCCGAGACGCGUCGUCGUCUGCCUCUCUCCCCCUACCGGAGGAAAAGUGCGUCGCCGAUAAACCCUGCCGUCGAACCACGAGGAGUAAUAUAUCGAAAUUAUGAUUUUUCCACCGAUGUAAAAAAAAAUAAAAUAAAUAGGGGAAGCUGUGGACGAGUUUAUUAUUGCCAAGUUCCUCCACGUUUGAGCCUCGUCUCCGAGUUUUUUCUGUGAUCCCCCGAUGAUGAAAGUUUCCUUCGUAAAAAAAAAAAAAAAUUGUUGAGUCCCGACAAUUUUUCUUUUUUAAACCCGUUUUUUGGGAAAUGGGAAAAAUUUCUAAAAUACGAAUUUUAAAUCUCUCGUACGAUUGUUUUACCGAGUGGAUUAAACUUGAUCAAUCGAUCAGUGGUGUUUCUCUUUAGAGUUUGAGAGAGACAGAGAGAGAGAGAAAAGAUUAUUAAAAAGAAGUUGAAGUUCAAGAAGAAAUCGUAAAUCGUAUCUUGAUCCAUCGUUCGAAAACUUUGAUUCGAAAGAGAAACGAGAGCUCUCCCCUUCCCCCCCUUUCCUCAAGAACUCAACGAAUUCAACGAAUUUCGUUUCACGCUGCAAACGGGGUUCAAAGGGCGUGGGGAGUUCAAAGGGCAUAAGUGGAAUCGCAGGCAAAUCGAGCAACAUCGUCGAUGUUGGACAGCAAGCGGAUUGGAAUAGAGGUCUCGACGAGGCUCGUUUAAGACCUAAUUGCCAAGUUGCAAUUGGACCCUUUGUUCUAGCCUCUGACGUGUGCACGAUUCGCAUUCCUCGUCCGCGCUCCACGUUCCUCGAUGAAAGAAGAAAAAUAAUUCCUCCCCUCGAUCGUUCGAUCGUGCAACCUCGUCGUGCUUUCAAAAAUUCACGGAUAAAACGGAUUUUUUUUUUUCUGAAAAAUUACUCUAUAAAUAAUAAACUCUACCCCCCACUAUAUCCGUGUACUCGUAUUUCGAAAUUUCAUCGAAAAGUAAAAGAAAGUGAAAUAUCUUUUUUUUCUCAAUCUCGACAGAAAGGAUUUCAAAAAAAAAAAAAAAUCUCUUGGAAACGAACGAGAUUUAAUUCGAGAGGAUUCGCAAGGAUUUUUAGAGGAGUGAUGAGUGCGGGAGAAAAGAGCGUGAACGCGCGGAUGGAAGAUCCUCGUGGAAGAUCGAUCAGCGAGACCGAUGCAGAGGGAUCUUUGUGAAAGGGGCUCGAGAGGGCUGGGAAUGAGAAGCGUGUCAAGAUCGAGGGUCGAGGCAAGGAGUCGAACAUGGAGUAACGUCGCCCCAUAGAGGCUUUCGAUCGCUGCACACAAAGAGGAACACGAUCGAAAUGGAUAAAUACAGCGUCGAAUUCCCGAAACACGAGUGGAGCCAUCGACUCAGCCUUCGUAGCAGUCGAAGAAGUCACCAGGGCGAGGUCGCGGCCAGAUCCGUGGCCGGAUCCGUGAGAAGCACGAGGAGAUGGGCGAGCCUCCGACAACACGUGGCAGCUAACGAAGGCGGGAAGCCGAGGGUCGAGUUGCUCCUCGAUCCACCCGGGUCCAAGUCCUCGACCCCGUCCUCCCCCCAACCGCACACCCCCAACACCCCACGAACGCCCCACACGCCCUCGAGGAAGUCCAACUGGGAGGUGAUCGAACACUUCACCGGCGCGCCACGUCCCUCCAUCGUCACGAUGAACAGGGGGUCGGAAGUCGGCAUAGGCAUCACGAGCGAAAAGGAAAUGAUACAGGAGAGGAGGGUUAACACGUCGAUGACCCAACCACCGAGGAAAUGCGCGCUUUGCCGUUUUUUGAAGUCGCUCUGCGCCUCUCAUCAUUUCAAAAAUUUACAGGUGGAGAUGCUUUACCAACGAUACUUCCUACGAAUGAACCAAAGCAACAUGACGCACGUUCUUGGCCUAUUGGCGGGACUGGCUCUCGCUCUAGGCGUGCUGCUGCUCCUCAAACUGUUUCUGGACGGCAAUCAACAAUUCCUCGAUACCUUGGAAAGACCGGAGAACUUAUUUCUAGCGAUAACGUUGGUCACCUGUGUCGCGAUCUAUGCCGCACUGGUCGCGGCUAUAUCCAGGCCGGGGAUGAACGAGAUCUGGUUAGCGGGAGUGAGCGGGAUCGUUCUGGUCACGUUGCUCGCGCUCCAAGUGUCGCUUAACGUGCACCUGGCGCUCGGGUCGAAGGAGCAUCGUAGCGGGGGCCCGUUGGCCGCGGCGUGGGCCGUGUGCUUCUUCAUUUACAUGGCGUACGCCCUGCUCCCUAUAAGGCUGCGCCACGCGUGCAUCGCCGGCCUAGUUUUCUCCGUGGCGCACCUGAUCGGAGCCUUCGUCCUCUACCCUUCGUACUAUCCGGCCAUGAUGGAACACUUACUAAGCUCCAUUGUGGUUGUUGGUGGGACGAACAUGGCCGGAGUGUUGACGCAUCAUCCUCGAGAACUGGCGCAAAGACAAGCCUUCCUGGAGACUAGACAAUGCGUCGAGGCUCGUCUAACCACUCAGAGAGAAAAUCAGCAACAGGAAAGGCUUCUAUUGAGCGUGCUGCCGCGCCACGUAGCCAUGGAGAUGAAAGCUGACAUCGCGGGGAAGCCAAAGGAUACCAUGUUUCACAAAAUUUACAUUCAGAGGCACGAGAACGUCAGCAUCCUGUUCGCCGACAUUUGUGGAUUCACUUCCUUGUCGGAUCAAUGCACUGCCGAGGAGGUUGUCAAAUUAUUGAAUAAAUUAUUCGCCUGCUUCGACACACUGGCAGCUGAGCACCAUUGUCUGCGAAUCAAAUUACUCGGUGACUGCUAUUAUUGCGUCUCCGGACUUCCUGAACCGAGGCCAGAUCACGCGCGUUGUUGCGUGGAAAUGGGUUUGGACAUGAUUAGCGCCAUUACGCUGUAUCGAGAGGUGGGCGCAGUGAACGUGAACAUGAGAGUGGGAAUACACACUGGAAGGGUUCAUUGCGGGGUUCUUGGCUUGAGGAAAUGGCAAUUCGACGUUUGGAGCAACGAUGUCACCCUGGCCAACUAUAUGGAGAGCGGAGGGAUACCGGGACGAGUCCACAUCACGAAAGAGACCCUGGACUGUCUGGAUGAUUUCUACGAGGUGGAAGAGGGUCACGGGGGUGAAAGGAACGCGUACCUGAAGGAGCACAAUAUCAAAACGUACCUAAUCGUCCCUGGGGAUACGUGCAGGGGUAACAUACCCUCUUCAGGAUUGAGAAAGGGUUUGCCCGCGAAUGGGAACGUGUCCAAAGAGAUGAGGGUGAUGGGGCACGGGUCUCAACACGGGAAACAGAACAAAUUAGGCUUUGGAGAGACGACAGAGGCAAAAAAAGACCCUGAAGACGAGGUGAACGAGUAUCUGAUGAGGGCGAUCGAUGCCAGGAGUAUAGAUCAAUUAAGAACAGAAUAUUGCACUCCUUUCAUCCUAACUUUUCGUAGCCCCAAUGUUGAGGAGAAGUAUUCACGUGAAAGGGAUAGAAUGCUGUCAGCAUAUUUCGUCUGUUCCGGUUUCGUGUACAUGGUGGUCGUGAUUGCUAUAGCAAUCACUCUAUAUGGGAGUGGAUAUUUUUACACAUGUGUAAUUGUGAGCAUAUUGGUGAUUGCGAUAAUCAAUGGCAUUCUAUUAGCAGAAAAGAACGAGACAGUGCCACAGUGUCUUCGAGAUUUUGCGGUGCACGUAUUCGAGAAUCGUGGAAUGGCACAAGCUCUGGCCACGUGUGUCGUGUUUCUAACUUUCGUCACAGCAUUGUCGCCACUGCUUACGUUGGAAGGUGGCCGUGUAUGCGGAAAUGGCACUUUGUUCACCGAGUGGCCUGAUAAUUCCAGCGUCACUUUCCAAAGUAUUGACACGCCCGUCAAUGUUUGCUAUUACACCGUUUUCGCUGACCUUUUCCCAGUACUGGUGAUGCUAGUCAUGAUAACCUGUGCAGUCUAUCAAAUUUUAACGUCGGUAUUCAAAGUGGCUAUACUAAGCUUAGUAGUUGCUUGCUACUUAGCUAUCAGCAUCUAUGAAGCCGUACACGAGAGAGACGUGGAAUUGACUGGAAGGUGGCUGGCAGGUGUUCUGGUAGUUUUCUUUAUGACUUGCUUGAUUGCCCAUUCCCAACACACAGAAGCUACUUAUAGACUGGACUUUCUAUGGAAACUCCAAGCUACGGAGGAGAAAGAGGAAAUGGAACAUUUGAAGGCCUAUAAUCAAAAACUACUGGCGAACAUACUUCCGGAACAUGUAGCAGCCCACUUCCUGUCUACGGUUAAUUCAGACGAACUGUACCACGAACAAUGCGACUUCGUUUGCAUAAUGUUCGCCUCGAUACCAAACUUUUCGGAGUUCUACGUAGAAUUGGAGGCGAAUAACGAGGGUGUCGAGUGUCUCAGACUCUUGAACGAGAUCAUAGCCGAUUUUGACGAGUUGCUCGCCGAGGAGCCGUACAAAUACAUCGAGAAGAUCAAGAGUACGGGGGCCACGUACAUGGCUGCAUCCGGUUUGACGAAAAGCACCUGCGACAUGAAAGAUUACAAACACGUGACUGCGAUGGCGGACUACGCUCUGAGGAUACGCGAACAGCUGGCUUCCGUUAAUGAGCACAGCUUUAACAACUUCCGGUUGCGUGUGGGCAUCAAUAUUGGACCGGUGGUUGCCGGAGUGAUAGGCGCCCGGAAGCCGCAAUACGACAUUUGGGGUAACGCGGUGAACGUGGCCUCGAGGAUGGAGUCUACGGGCGUGUUGGAUGGAAUUCAGGUCACCCAAGAGGUUCGAGACAUCCUGAUCGCGAAAGGAUAUCCGCUCACUUGUCGUGGUACCAUCCAAGUGAAAGGAAAGGGUAGCAUGGUCACCUAUUUCCUCGACGGUCCUCGUGAUCCAACCAAGGCGAGCAUCCUCAACGAUAUCAACGAGGAGAGAAUAACUUCUGUCAAUAAUUUCAAUCUGGAUGGCUCAGUGUCGACGAAGAAGACUUGAUCUAUAGCUGGGUCAACGUUGCUGUGAAACAAUCCUUCGAGAUGAGAAGCGGAUCGAGAGAAAAUUCUAUUGCGUGCGCAAUAUUUUUCAAGGCACCUAGAUCAUUUGAAAACUGUUACAAGGGAAAAAAUGAAGAGGAAGAUUUGAAGAUACGAGCAGUUAUUAUUUUAGUAGUAGACGUUACGUUAUCUAUUUGUAAAAAAUAAUCUCGAGAACAAUUUUCGAGAGUUUUAUUCUCAAAAACUUGUACUUUGCACCUUCGAAUUUUUGACAACUCGUUUCGUCGAUGUUACGUUUUCAUUGACACGUUCAAAUCGGAGGAAAUAGUGUUAGAAUAAUCAUAUACGUUCUACAAAUGUUCAUAUGUUCGUGAAAAUAUAUUUUGAGGAUCGAUUCUAGAGAUCAAAGUACAAAAGUUGGUGUACAGAAAUGUCAAUUGAAGUUUAUUGAAGUUAAAUUAAAAGCAAUUGAAUUUGCGUUAAAUGAACUGAGAUAUCUCUGUCACGCUAUUGUGUCGUUAUAUUUUUAUUUCGCUUCAUCUAGCGCAACUUUAAUUCCUUAUAACUUAGAUAAAUUAGUCUCGACAUUUUC